UGGCAACAGAGAUUUAUAAAAAAGUCUUGUUGUACAAAAUUUAAACAAACUAUUUCACAAAUUGGAUUCUUUUAAGAGUAAUUGCAGAAAAAUAUAAUUUCUGACGUUUGUUUGAAGUUUCCAUUUAAAUUAGACGAACAAUAUGUUUCGUCCACUUAGUGCUUUUCAUCGAAAACUCAUAUUACAAAAAGAAACUGUCAGAACUAAAGUGGUUCGACCUGCCUCUAUCCUAAAACCGGCUGAAAAAAUAAAACUAUACAAUAGAGAAAAUAAAGAUCUUUUCGGGCCAUUGCUGGAAACUAAUAGGCAAAGGAAGAGUCGUUUAAAGAAAGAAGCUAAAAAUAGUUCUCAUCAAAACAACGAGUCAAUUGGAUCGAAUGAAAAUACGCCGAAGUUUGUGGAUGCUAGUAAACAUGAUAUAGUUCAAAGACAAGUGAAGUCUAGUUAUUUAACGAACUUAGGGAUAAUUCAACACAAAAUGUGGCAAAAUACGAGGACUUGUUUCAAUUUUCUGGGUUUAUUCAAUGGUGUCCCAAUCAGAUGUUUUAGGACCAAUGCAAUUAACUAUUCAGCUCGGAGCUCGCCUGCACAGCCAGGUUAUGCCAGUGAGGACAAAAUAAUCCAAAUAAAACAACACCAAAAUGAUUUUACUAAACAGUUUCCAUCAGUUACAUUGAUAUUAAACAAAACAAUGACGGAGGAAUCUAGAAAAGCUCUUGAUAAAUGGAAACAAGAAAGGAUAGCAGAAAUGGGGUUAGAAGAAUUUAAUAGAUUUUAUGAAGCACAACUAGCUGUUGGCACGAAGUUCCAUAAUACCCUUAAAAACUAUUUCACACAACCUCAAACCCAAUUACGUAUUGAAAAGGAUGUUGAAGCUGUCUGGGUGUCUGUGAGCGAGGUCUUAAAGAGUAUAUCUUCUCCGAAAGCGAUAGAAUCUAAUGUAGUUCAUCCCCUAUUGAAAUAUAGAGGAAUUUUUGAUGCUAUAGCAGAUUAUGAAGACAAGCCUACAUUGAUUGAAUGGAAGAAGUCAGAUAAGCCUCGCAUCAUACAAAUGACAUAUGACAAUCCUGUUCAAUUAGCUGCCUAUUUCGGGGCAGUGUGCAAUGACCUUAACUAUAAACAUUUCAAUGUCCGAGAUGCAUUAUUAGUCAUUGCUUACACAGAUGGAUCUAAGGCAGAUGCAUAUCAUUUAUCGACGGACAAGUUGAGGGAACAUUGGGCCCAAUGGUUAAUAAGACUGGAGGAAUAUACGAUCAAAUACAAUAAUGAUUCUGAAAAAAUACUAAAAGGUGGCAAACGUUUGUUUGAAGAAGAAAUUGGGAAUCUCUGAAUGUUUAAGGAACAAUAUUUCAUAGAGAAUGUUAACAAGAAACUACUGCCUAAUCAGAAGUCUCAAUUAAUUAAUAUCCAAAAUCCAAAUUAUCUAUAAUAAUAUCAAAAACAAGGAAUUUUCAUCAAAAUGAGUCAACAACAAAGUAUAUAGGCAAUUUUUCGUUAACUUAACUCGUUUUGCUUAUCAUGUAUGCAUUUAUAUAACUGAAACUGUCUUGAAUAUAAAUUAUUACCUUUAUCCGUCAUUAGCUUCAUAAAUAAUUAAUAGCAACCAUAACAACUUACUCCCCAAGGAAUAGCAUCUAAAUAAAAAUUACCUGCUAACUAUAGGUCGAGCUGUCAAUCGUCUUGAUUUAUUAGGGAUAUUGUUAAUGAUGUUUAUAUUUUAGGGAUUGUUAAUGUUCAAAAAAAUAAUUAUUUGAAUUUAAGAUUAAAAUUUAAUGUAUAAUGUAUUGGAAGACUGGAUUCGUCGGCUAUAGGCAUGUAUAGAAGCGAGAAAAAGGAAGAAGUGUCAUAUUUGUAGUCUUGUUUUAGAUCUGUUCCUUAAAAAUAUAGACUAAUAUUACUGUAAUUCAUGAAAACAUUCAAAAAUUAUUUAUUACCAUAUGUAACCCGAGUCAAUUUUACGUGCUUAUUACUAAUCUUUCUAAUUGAUCCAACGAAAACAUUGAUCUAGGCCGUGUUUGUUCAAUGUCAACUUGUUUAAUAAAAUAUUCAUUUUAAUGUUAAGGUAUUUUCGUCUUCUCUAUAUUAAAUGUUUCGUAUAAGACGUCAUGUUCAUUUACAUUUUUUUUUAUUUCUGUAUAUUAUAACUGUACGGAUCUUUUAGUUCACAUUUAUUGAAUAUUGUUUGUUAGCUGGAAUUAAUUUUAUAAACCCGAUUUGUAUUAAUUAAAGUACCUUUAGUGAGA